UUUGAGCACAGUAUGUCUUCCCAGGCCUCCGUACCGCUAGGUGGCGAUAUAGUUAUGUUUACGUGUUGACUCUGCUGUCUUUGUGCAGUCGAGGAAGCCAAGAUGGCAGCCACCAUGAAGGGACCCGUAGCGGUUGAAGAUGUGAAUGUCACUUAUGAAGACCAGCAGAAGAUCAAUAAAUUCGCCAGGAACACGAAUCGAAUGGCAGAACUGAAAAAUGAAAUCGAGGCAAAGAAGAAAUCAUUGCAAAACCUACAAGAUGCCGGUGAUGACCUAAUGAUGUUAGACGAUGAUUCUCUAUUGAUCCCUUAUCAAAUUGGCGAUGUCUUCGUCAGUCACACUCAGGAGGAAACACAAGAGAUGCUGGAGGCUGCAAAGGAAGCACUGGAGCAGGAGGUCAAAGGCCUUGAAGAGCGAGUGUCAGCGAUACAGCAGGUGUUGGGCGAUCUGAAAGUCCAGCUCUAUGCCAAGUUUGGUAACAACAUUAACCUGGAGGCAGAUGAAAGCUGAGCAGUGAAAUGGACAUUGACAGCUGCCCCCACGAGGACCUUUUCACGCAGCUCUCGCAUCAGAGGUUCACAGAGCGUUUGCCACACAAAACACCAAGUAGGACUCAGCAUGAACAGCUUAGAUUUACAGCCUCUGGCUUUUGUUUACACGCGUGAUGUAUCAGUCUUUGCUUUGGCAAACAAAUUCACAAGAGCAGUAAAAGUAAAGAUUUGGCGAUUCAAUAAAUGCACACAAUUUCUACCAUA